UCGAAUGGAUCGCUGCCAACUUGCAUUCCUCAGAGAGUGUGUGGAGUUGAAAUGUGGAAGAGGCAUCAGAGACGUGAAGGACUGCCACAGGCGCCUGGUCAGCCGAAGCCCACCUGUUUUCUGUGCUGGUGUGGAUGCUGCAAAUGCCUCUGGAAAGAAGACAGAAGGAUAAGUUCAGAGAGGCAAACCUGUACAAAGAUGAAAAGCAUAGAAGCAACAGAAGAUCAGCAUCUCACACUGGACGAGGUGAUAGCCUGGUCACGGAGCUUUGAGAUGAUGUUGCGCUCUCCAAAGGGGAGUGAUGUUUUUAUGGAGUUCUUGCGGUCUGAGUAUAGCGAAGAAAACCUUAUGUUUUGGCUCGCCUGUGAGGAACUGAAGAAAGACACCAACCCAUCAGUUAUUGCUGAAAAAGCCUGCAUCAUUUAUCGAGACUACAUCUCCAUUGUUUCGCUAAAAGAGGUCAGCCUGGAUUCACGUGUGAGGGAAGGCAUCAGGCAAAGUCUGGCAGAACCCAGCAGUGAGAUGUAUGAGGAGGCCCAGCUUCAGAUCUACGACCUCAUGCGCAGAGACCCCUUUCCCCGAUUUCUCAACUCGGCUGUUUACAGGGAUCUUCUUAACAGCAAAAGCACAAUGCAUCGACACUGACAUAAUCUUACAAUACCCUCGCUCCCUCUCUUUGAUAUGGCCGAAACUUUUUUAUAUCUCGCAAUUCUGACUCUUUUUUUUCUUCUUCUCAGAAUUGUGAGAUAUAGCUAAAUUCGCAAUUGAGAGUUAUAGACUAGCUACUCCAAUUCUGAGGGGGGACAAAAUUACUUUUU